UGGGGCUGUUUUGAUGAAGUGAAUGCGACCAAAAAAGCACCUCUUUGGUCCCCUCUCCUUCUCUUCCACAUUCCUUGUUCCGCCUACAAAUAUGGGAAACCUUCCUAAGCUUUCUUCCACCUUCUUCUUCCACCUUCUUCUUCCUCUCCUCUUCCUCUUCCUUUUCCUCCUUCAAACUUGCUGACUUUUCAUACUUUAUUCUUCAUCAUCUUUGACAUUUACAAUACAGAUCUCUCUUCUUCAUUCAAUACAUACAUUCAACACCAAAAUAGAAGAUUAAUAAUAUUGCUUCUGGUUAACCGUAAAUCUUAGUUUAUCAGGUUAAAUCUAUCUUUUAUAGAAGGAAAACUUAAAUCUAUGGGAGAAGCUCCAGCUUUCUUUGCUGAUAGUCUCCUGGAAGAUUUUCCAAAUGGGGUUGAAUUGAAAUCAAAGGGCUACAAAACAGCUAUUUGUAUCGGCUCUAAAAUUUAUGUGAUUGGUGGGGCUAAUCAUGAAUCGACAGCGGUCAUUGGAGUUCAAAUCUUUGACAAAUCUAGUGGGGAAUGGAUAAACCCCACUGUAUUGGGUACUAAACCCAAGAUGUCAAAUGGCCACUCAGCCAUGCUUUUAAAUGGUGAUCGUAUAUUGGUCAUUAAGGGCAAUUCCAAGUCUGAUGGAUGCUUUUGGUUUCUUGAGGUGGGCACCCCAUUUAUAAGAGAACAGGAAAAGACACAUGGGAAUGAGGUGGUUGCCUGGAGUAAGGGAGUUUUAGGGAAUGUUGAGAAGCCUAUUGUCAUUAGUGGCCCUUCUGGAGUGGGGAAGGGUACCUUGAUAUCUGAACUAAUGAAAGAGUUCCCAUCAAUGUUUGGAUUUUCUGUGAGCCACACAACCCGGGCACCAAGAGAAAAAGAGCAGAAUGGGUUUCAUUACCAUUUCAGUGACCGCAGUGUAAUGGAGAGAGAGAUAAAGGAUGGGAAAUUCCUGGAGUUUGCUUCUGUUCAUGGUAAUCUUUAUGGAACCAGUGUUGAAGCAGUUGAGGUGGUUGCUGAUGCUGGCAAGAGAUGCAUCCUUGAUAUUGAUGUUCAAGGUGCAAGGUCUGUGAGGGCUAGCUCUCUUGAUGCUAUUUUCAUUUUUAUUUCCCCACCAUCAUUUGAAGAGCUUGAGAAGCGCCUUCGUGCAAGAGCAACUGAGACUGAAGAGCAAAUCCAAAAGCGUCUCCGAAAUGCUAGGGCGGAACUCGAACAAGGAAAAUCAUCAGGUCUCUUUGAUCAUAUUUUGGUGAACGAUGUCCUAGAAAGUUGUUAUGAGAAUCUUAAGAACAUCUUGGGUCUCACUGAAGGUGUGAAGACUGCUUGUAUAACAUAUCCAGAAUCAGUCAACCUGUCUGUCGAACAUUUAGUCUCAAAGAUUGAUCAGAAGAUUUUAAUUAACUGUGGUGCUGCAGAAUGUCAAAAGGCAUCAGAUAACAUGUAUGUUCUGGACUUAUCUUUGCUCAAAGGAGGAGCCCCAGGACGGACACGAGGACUAAAUCUAUUUGUCUCCAAUCCUUCCACUGAUAGAGUAAAUGGCGACAAUCAGCUGAGCUAACCUACCACCUCUGGUUUCAAUAAUCGUUUUUCACUUCUUACAUCUCUAUAGGGGUCGAGCCCUUGAAGAGAACCACAAUUUGACUACGUGAUAGCUUACUUGGAUAGUUUGAACUAUUUAGUUCCUAAUACAGCGAUUAUACAGGAAAUGAUUUUUAAUUGAUGGGGAAAUUGUAGUUUAGCAGCCUGAACUAUUGAAAGCCUAAGAUAUGCAACUGUUCUACCCAAGGAUUACAUAGAUUAAGAAUGAGUAUGUUGGAUAUAA